GCGCGAUUCAACUGGUCACCGUUUUGCGGUGCAGGAAAAGCGAAAGGAUUGUCUCUCGAUAUUCAGUGUACUGCUUUCGGAAGUUGGGUACCGCACUUAUCAACAAAAUAUUAAAGUGUGAAGGUGCAUCCAAGCGGACGACGUAGCAACCGCAGAAGCGUGAAAGCGAAAUAAAGAGCAUCCAUUACCAACACCACAAUCGAUCGGCAGUGAAGCGGCGGACGGAUUUGCAACUGCCACAAUCAACUUGCAACUUCAUCAAACAUUCUACGUUCAUCAAACACAACGCAAAACACUACCAUCGCUUUGCCACAAGGCGUGUCUGAGACCCUUGAGUGAAAAAAAGAAAAAGUUUUCCACCUUACUACGACGCCCUAGGUGCAUCAGCAGCAGCAUGUCGGACGAAAAUCAAGAUAAUGGAGCCAGCAGAAACGGCUCGGUGCCCGAAAUAGAACUGAUCAUUAAGGCCUCAACCAUUGAUGGUAGACGGAAGGGAGCUUGUUUAUUUUGCCAGGAAUACUUCAUGGAUUUGUAUUUGUUGGCCGAGCUGAAGACGAUCAGCCUGAAGGUAACUACAGUGUGUAUGCAGAAGCCGCCACCCGAUUUUCGUACCAACUUUGAGGCAACACACCCCCCGAUUUUGAUCGAUAAUGGACUCGCCAUCCUAGAGAAUGAUAAAAUAGAACGGCACAUCAUGAAAUCAGUCCCGGGUGGCUACAAUCUUUUCGUGCAGGACAAAGAGGUUGCGACGUUGAUCGAAAACCUUUACUCGAAGCUGAAGUUGAUGCUAGUGAAAAAAGAUGAAAACAAAAACAACGCACUGUUGGUGCAUUUGAAGAAGAUCAACGAUCACCUAGCGGCCAGAGGAACCCGUUUCUUAACUGGCGACACUAUGUGUUGCUUUGACUGUGAGCUGAUGCCGCGUCUACAACAUAUUCGCGUCGCCGGAAAAUAUUUUGUCGAUUUCGACAUACCCAAACCCCUGACAGCACUUUGGCGAUAUAUGUUUCAUAUGUAUCAGCUGGACGCGUUCACGCAGUCCUGUCCCGCGGACCAAGAUAUCAUUAAUCACUACAAACUUCAACAGGCUAAAGGCGACAUUAAGAUGUUGAAAAUGAAAAAACACGAAGAACUCGAAACACCGACAUUCACCACAUCCAUUCCGGUGGAUUUGAACGAUCAGUAAUGGUUCUUAACAGGUCGAGUGAAGAGAAACAAUAGGGAGGCAUGGAUGGUCGCUAUGCAUUAUUAAUAAUUUUAGACGAAGGUGUCCAAAGUCUAAUCUAUAACACAAUGCACUUGUUAGGCAAACUAUAAAUCGCUGUAUUUGGCAUACUGUUUUUUAUGCUGGAACAUGUGUGAUUUUGAUAUAUAAAAAUGUAAGAAAUACACUUUUUGCCUUUAAAUCCACAAAUCCUAGAGCAAAGCGGAAAAAACAGAACAAAUGGAUUUUACAUCUUUUUACUCGAUCGUAGAGAAUCCAAACGAUAUGGAGUAAGCAUUCUGAACUGCAUCGUGAGUUGCUCCUGUGAUUGUCAUUGGUAGUUAGCUGGUAUUUGGCAAUUAAAGUGUAUACCGAACCGCCUCCCAUUAAGUACACGAAACGCCAACAACGAAACGAAAACAGUUAUCCUAUUCGAAAGUAACACAAAAUCAAUUGCUAGGCUAGUUUUGUACAGUCAAUGAUUAAAUCUAGGCUUGUUAGCAAAUAGUUUGUGCAUAUCGAUGUUACGUUUUAUUUCUUUCUCGUCUAUGCAGUAUGUUUUUCUUAUGGCGAUGGAUUUAAAAAAAAACUUAUAUUAUAACACACAUUCACCACAAAACAUGAAAAAGUACAGUCGAUUUUUUUUUGUGGUCGGUGGCAAUCGAUGCGUUUUUGUGAAAAUUGCGCAGGAAAUGAAUUUUGUAACUAUCGAUGAAUUAUAGUAAAAUUGUCAAUGCUUUUCUUAUUAUUGUCGGAACGGUGAUGGUAGCGUGCGAUCUAUUUCUUGUUCUGUUGGCACACGUUACAUGUAGAAAAUAUAUCUUUCAGCCUUUUAAUUAUGGCAGCUCUUUUACAUGUACUUACACUUAUGGAGCGCAAUAAUAUUGAAAUAAACCGUUUACAUUAGCAAUAUUAAGAGGAGAACAUAAAACACAUUACAGAAACGACUAGUUUGCAUUCUGGAUUGGACUAGUUUGGAUUGCUUUUCUCCACGAUAGUUCAAUUGUUCAAAUUAUCAAUUUUAUACACAGUAUUUUAGUGUCAUCGGUUUUUGUUAUAUCAUACAAAUACUUCAUCGAAACACACCAACGCGCCUUUGAAAAACCUAAGCCAAUCGAAUUGAAAUUGAAAAAUAUACAUUUAAAAUAUUGAGUUGCACAUUAGGGAUUGAUUUGCAACAUCCAUAGAUUCUGCAACGACCCGUUUAAUUUAAAUUUAAAUAUGUUUUAAUUGGAUUCUAUUUCGGCGUAGUAAGAAGUAUAGCAUAUCGUAUAAGCUCAAACAUUUUUGUUAAACUUUUU